AUCACCUACGGAAGCACAUCAAAUCGCAUCUCACGCGACGGUUGAAGGAAGAGAAGGCAUCUAAUCGGAAAAACAACAAUAACAACAGCAACAGCAAUAACCGGAAUGCCAGAACGGUGGGUGGAAAUGAAAGCAGUACCAGCAACAGUACCCCGAACAACACGAUUAGCAGUACCAGCAGUCCCUUAUCGUCCGUCAUUCCACCGGGGCUUACUAUAUCCACGAGUGGUGCCGGAUUUUUUACCGGCGGGCAAACGGCCUCCGUGGCCACGACGGCCGCGAUACAACAGAAUCUACUUCAGAGUGCUAUCAACCUUCCGCAAGGAGUGACAAUACAUGUACCUACGGCCGACAACCAGACGCUGCCUGUUCAGAUCUCUCUGCCGCAUUUGGUGGCGCAACAGCAAACGGAGCCUGAUGGUAGUACAAGCACGGUCCUAGUGCCGUCCAACGGUAGUGGUACCUCGGUAGAAGCCCUACAUCAGCUGCACCAUACAGUGCAACCACCUUCGAGCGCAAACACGGUUUCUCUUACCUCGUGAACAGCAUUAUAUUGUGCUGAUGGGUGAUGAUCAAGAAAGGAUCCCGAGGGAAUUCGGUUAUUUAACAUUAAAUCGAUCGUCCUGAGCUGGGAACGGCAAACGCAACAGCUGGGCACACACGUGGGAAGCACAACACAAGCAAAAGCAACGCGCGUUGGACAGUGGCAUUUGUGUUUUUAUUUUCUUUAUAAUAUUUUCUAUUGUUAUCACCAUAUAAUGUUAAGAACGCACCCUGUUCCACACAGUCCCUUACCCACUCAUGGUAGAAGGGGGCUUGUAAGUUUGAAUGUUCGAUUGUGUUCGCCCCGGAGUUUCUUCGGUUCUAGUAGAAGUCUUUCGUUGUUUUGUUUUUAAACAAUAAUUCUCUUCACUACACCCAAUCACGUUGCUAAACCGGGGGGAGGUUUAGCGAUUGCGUCGCUAUGCGUCGUCCUUUUGUCGUUUUUUUUUUUCGUUGUUGAUCUGCGUUUUACUUAUUUUAUUUGCUUGUACUCUGUUGAAGUAUUUUUUACUAUAGCUAUCCUUACAGAAGAGAGGACAACAUCAUGCAGUUUCGACCAUAAGUUUAGUAUAUUUAUUUUAGUGAAGUACUUUACCGCUGAACUAUAGAAUCGCGUCGUGGCCUCUGAAAUCUCCACCGAAAGGCGAUUGAUCGUUUGCACAAUCGCAGGUUGUUCUCUUGCUUGGCCUGCUUUUAACUCAAUGACGAUCCCUAAGCAAUGGUGGAACGCAAGUACGCAUUGAAUGCGUAAUGUUAGAUAUUCGGCAAUCAUUAAAUACUCUUUCCAGUUGUUUUUAACUAGCCAUAAGGUUAACCUACGGUGAACGAGCAUAUGGGGUGGUAUAGCUUGCCCGGCUACGCCUUGUACUGUACUAAAGCGAAAGAACACAAAUGAUGAUGGGAUGAUUUCACAAAAAAGAAGAAAAUAAAAUGGAGUAUUAUAUUUUUGGUAA